UCCGCUCGCCGCUGCCGCUUGCGCCGGCCUGUGCGCUCAGCUGCUGGCCCGGCGGACUCCUCUUCCGCCCAAAGGGGGCCCCUUGUCAGGACCUGGCUCCCUCCUUCCCACGAAGUCCUUGCCGCCUCCCUCAUCUCCUCCCAGCAGCAGCUCAUACUGAAGUCAGCAGUGCGUGGCAAACCUGAGAGGCACACUCCCUCUCGGAACCUGCUGUGGCUCCGGACGCCAGCCCCCUGGGCCCCAUGCCGGGCAGACCAAGUGCACCCGGCACACUCGUUGUGGCAGUCUGGGUGGUUUCUGUACUCCCCGGUUGUUCGCAUACAGCAGGCAGUUUGCCAGAUAUCGAAAAUGAAGAUUUCAUCAAAGACUGUGUUUGGAUUCAUAACAAGUUCCGUUCAGAAGUGUAUCCGACAGCCAGUGAUAUGCUGUACAUGACUUGGGACCCAGUACUGGCCCAAAUUGCAAAAGCAUGGGCAAGAAAUUGUUGGUUUGAACACAAUGUACAGUUGAAGCAACCCCACAGGCUGCACCCAAAUUUCACUUCGCUGGGAGAAAACAUCUGGACUGGGUCCCUGUCCAUCUUUUCUGUGUCCUCAGCCAUCACAGCCUGGUACAAUGAAAUUCAGUACUAUGACUUCAAGACUCGCAAAUGCAGCCAUGUCUGUGGCCAUUACACUCAGGUUGUUUGGGCAAAUAGUUACAAAAUUGGCUGUGCUGUACAAUUUUGUCCUAAAGUUUCUGGUGUAGCAAGUCUUUCCAAUGGAGCACAUUUCAUAUGCAACUACGGACCAGCAGGAAAUUACCCAACUUGGCCAUAUAAAAAAGGAUCCACUUGCAGUGCUUGCGCCAGUAGUGACAAAUGUUUGGACAAUCUCUGCGUUAACCCAGAGAGAGACAAAGUGAAACAUUACUACUCCAUCGUGUAUCCAGACUGGCCAAUACUUGCACGCAACAGACACUUAUCUCUCUUCCUCAUUGUUAGUUCACCAAUCCUAAUACUUAGUGUUCUAAUUACCAUUUUGGUCAAGCAUAUUCCUCAUGUAGUUCUUCUGGACUAAUAAAAUCUAGGAAAAAAAACCAUACUCAUUCAUAUAGUUAAAAAAAAGCUGGGUGUAUUUCUAAUUUAAAAAUAUUUCUGAAUAAAAAAUAUGUCGUUGCAGUAAACCCUC